GUCGUAAAGCUCAGUUUUCUUACCUCGAGCGCCGUGUUACCGAACUCGAGGAAGAGAAUCGCCAACUGAGGGCUGGUCUUGUAUCAAGUCCCCCACCUUCGGAACUGGUGAAAGCCCAGGAAGCCGAGAGGGAGCUGGCCAAGGAUCGGGAGAACGAGGAGCUCCGCCAACGUAUCAAGUCGCUCGAGAAAGGUUGGGAUACAGUGAUGAAGGCACUGGCAGCGCAAGGUCUUGCGCCCACCUCAACUGCGACGACGGAACCCUCUGGAACAUCCGCUGCGACCGCAGUCGCUUCUCCAACGGAAGCCACGACUACGACUGCGACAUCGCCUCUCAGCGAGCUUGGACCCAUCAUGUCAUUUCCCAUUUCUCCCGCCCCAUCACACACCUCUCUAGAAUUUGACAUGUCUCCUUCGACAUCUUUCUUGUCGUCUCCUAGCCUGUCACCAAAGACCGAGCAAGUCGAGAUCACUCGCCACCUAGCACGGGUGGCGUCCAUUCCUGGCGGUCCAACUCCGUCAUCAAUGGCCCUGCAGCGGGUGAUCUCGAACGUUCCCUCGGACUCAACGGUGCAGACGAAAUCCAGCGUCUUGAGGAACCAACGAUUGACGACGCAACAAUGGAGGACCUUUUCCGGGAAAUCCUCGCCCCAUCCCCCAACCUCUCAUCGUCGGAUCUUCCUUUUGACGUUCCGGGCGCCUCCGGGUUCCAAGUCACGACGGAUCCGUCGGCCCCGACAGCGCCCUUCCCGGCGCAAGUGACUGCCAGCGAGACCGCAGGCAUUCUAGGGUUGGAGGGUCUUGGGCGGGAUGGUGCCGAUGAAACUACAGGGUUCUGGAACACAGAACUCGAGGUGGAUAUGCUGGAGAUGGAUCGGAUCCUGGAGCUCUUGCCGGCUGCUACUGCUGCGGCCGGCUUCCCGUCAAAUCUCGAGUGGGCAGACGCCGACGCGCUCUCACUGGUGAAUCCGGAUCCCGCUCUCGUCGGUGUCUUUUGAUCGCCGGCCCCCAAAAUUACAGCAUACCCCUCAUUAUUUCCCUGGACAUUCACUGGCAUCUUAUCCUCAUCUAUUUCUCUCCUCUCUUAUCUAUCGAUAACGUCCUCUUCCAUUUCCUCCUUCACGCUGACGAUACAUCUACUGCACAUCAUCCGCUGUUGUACGGGCGAUCCUCUUCUCGAUGCUGCCACGGAAUAGCAGGAGGUCCUUUCUCCCCCACGGGGUUGAGAGCGGAUCUUCUGGUUUACUUGUGUGCGCUUGAGUUGUUGGGGAGUUCGGUCUUCAAUGUUGUUGUUUCGUGUAGAUAGUGUCUUGUCCUUGUGAUUGAACAUGAAAUGAUUUUGACGCAAAUCGAGAGGGCUAGUGAAAACAACGGAAGUUACAUUGCAUUAGAUUUUGCAAUUCAAUUUCUAUCUAUACAACAAGAACGGCGACCAGCACUGUUAGCAACACGAUGGGUACAGUCAAUUUAUGACCCAAACUGGUAGCAGUAUUAGGG